GGCAUCGCUUCCAGGAGAUAGAAGGGGAAAAGAUGGGCAGAAGGCAUUUUCCCAGGUGUAACUCAACCGCUCCUCGGCUAUUGUUUGCCUCCCUGGGAAUCUGUGCAAAUUGAGCGAGGAGCCAUGCAAGCUGCUCAGAGCGCGCCCAUUUUCCUUCCCUUCUUUCCUAACAAAAGAUCCCUCCAAAGCCCGGCGUCGGAGGCUGGACAUCUGUCGCCAUUUGGGGGGGCCGGCGUGGUCAUUGAAAAGAAGCAGUGACCUGUCAGCUUUGAUUGAUGGCCACAAACCUCCGGGCUCGACCCCUCGUGUGGGAAAAGAAGUCCCGCCAAGGCAAGUCCCCUUUCACAUGCUAAUUCUGGGUUAUAAAUACAGCAGAGGAGCCGCACGGCAGCAAAGAGCCCAUCGGGAAAGGGAGAGACCCACCGCCCAAGUGCCUCCUUCCCAUCCCGUCCUCCCGGCGUGGCCAGGCUGGAUUAGAAUGACCGCCACCACCACCGCCGGUGGCACCCACAAGCUCGCCAGCACCAAGGAGGAGAGGAAGUUAAGGAAACCCCUCAUUGAGCGGAAGCGAAGGGAAAGGAUUAAUAACUGCUUGGACCAGCUGAAGGAGACGGUGGUGGGUGCUUUUCACCUGGAUCAGUCUAAACUGGAAAAAGCAGACAUCCUGGAGAUGACAGUGAAGCACCUGCAGAACAUCCAGAGCAGCAAGCUGAUGGCUGACUCCAAAGUGGGCCUGGAAGCGCAGCAGAGGUACAGCACCGGGUACAUCCAGUGCAUGCACGAGGUGCACAACCUCCUCCUCACCUGCGAGUGGGUGGACAAGACCCUCGGGGCACGGCUGCUAAACCACCUGCUGAAAUCCUUGCCCAGGUCUGGUGAAGACACCUGCAAAGCAACACUCAGGUCCUCCAGCCCUUCUCAGCAGCCUGUCUUGACACCAAAAAGCCCCCUGAGCCCUAAAGGGAGCACUCGGGGCACAACCCCAUCACAGGAGCGCUUCUACCCUGCCGAGAACAAGCAGGCUUCGAAAAACUCCUUCCAGCUGCCAUCGCUGUCAGGUUUCAGCCAGGUUGAUGCUGCACCGCCCAGACAGGUCCUGCAGCCAAAUUUUUCCCAUAACAACCCUAGAAUGGGGUCAUUAGAUAUGUGGAGACCGUGGUAAAGUGUGUUUUAAAAUGCUUAUCCUAACCUUAGACACUCGCACGUAUGUAUCUUAUAGAUAUGUUUCUUUAAAACACUUGUGGAGCAAGUCUGUUCCUGUAGGUGUACUAAAGACCAGGGUACUUCAAGCCGAAGUAAACCUAUGUGUAGCCUGCAUUGUAGAAGGCUGCUAUUAUUUUUUAUUUAUUUAAUACAUCUAAAUUAUUGUAUAGAA